AUGUCAAAUCUAAAUAAUUAUGAUCCUAAUGAAGAACUUCCUUCACCAUCAUUUGAAGUACUAAAUCAAAUGCUCAGUCUACCAAAUAUUUUUGAUGAGAAUAAGAGUUCUACACCAACUGGUAUUGGUCCAUCUUAUCAUAAUAGUUUAGAUUCUCUAACACAAGCAAUAACACUUUCUGGAAUGUUUCCAUUUGAAAAUCUUCAACAUAGUUUAGAUACUAAUAAAUGUCAACAUACUUAUUCGUGUCAUAAUCUUGAAACAACUUUAUCAAGCCAUAAUAAUUUUGAAGUGACUUUAAUGAAUAGUAAUUCUAAAAGUUUAUUAUCGAGUACAGAUAUUAUUUGUCAUGCAAAAUUGGAAUCCGAAGAUGAAAAACUUCUUAUUCUAGCUGAACCAAAAGCAUUUUAUCGUGAUAGAUAUUCUUGUGAAACUGAUCGAACAAAAAAUCGAGCUCAACGUUAUAUUCGUGCUGAUGAUAAUCAACUCAAAUAUGAAUAUCCGACUGUUAAAAUUCCAACGAAAUGGUGUGAUCUAAAACGACAAAUAUAUAUUCGAGUUACAUCAGUUACUAUAAAAAACGAACUUUUACUCUAUCAUUGUAUACAUCCUUAUGAAAUUGAUACAUCAGAAAAUAAUGUUAUUAAAGAUCCGGAGAAUAAUUCAUUAUAUUUUCGUAUUAAUAAAGAUGAAUUUAUUAAAGGUGAAAAAAGUUUUCAAAUUAGUCGAAAAAAAAUGCUUCAAAAUGAUUUAAAAUCAUAUGGACCUUUUCGUUUAUUUAAUUCAGGUCAACCUGAUACACAAUGCAUCCUCAAUUCACAAGAUGCCAAAUGCAAGAUAGCUACAUAUCAAUUAAAGAAAUCUCAAUUUAUUUUUACCAUUGCUGAACGACAUAAUAAUAGGUUUUUUCCUAUUCCAAUACUUGAUACAUCCGUUGCAUCGCAAAUUAUAGUUGAUGAAGUAACUGAUAAAAGAAACUCAACAAUAAACCCUUCAAACGAUCAAAUUAAAUGUAUACCACAAAAAGGUGAUUGGCAAGGUGAUGAGGAAGUAUUAAUUAUUAUGUCUAAGCCAAUCAAAGGAAAAAAGUAUACAAUUUGUUUCGAUUUUGGUCUAUUUGGAGAACAAAUUGUUAAUGAAAUAACACAUAUUGAUACAAAAAUAAUUUUAUUUCGAACACCACCAUGUCCAAUAUUACCAGGAGAUAAAAAUUUUCAAGUAUCAGUUAUUAUUAAAGAAAAUAAUUUACUCUUAUCUUCAAUUGAUUUUUAUUAUGUGACACCAAUGAAACCAACAAUCAAUCUAUGUAGACGUUGUCAAAGUAAUAUAAAUGAUAAUCGUAGAAGUAAUAAAAGAAGAUGUGAAUAUGACGAAUAUAUUGAAACUGAUAAUGGAGAAAGUCUUAUUUCACAUAUGAAACAAUUAUCAAUAGAACAGAAGCCUAUUCAAUCUCAUAUUCCAAUUUCAUCAAAUGAAAAAGAUACAAAAUUUGAUAAAUAUCUUAAUCAAUUAAAAGUUGCUUUAGAAAAAUUUGUUCGUACAAAUGAUCCUUCUCAAUUAUUUCGUCGAACACGUAUUUUGUUAUCUAAAUGUGAUGAAAAUUCACUUCCAUUGAAUGAUGCUAUUCAACGUGGACAUAUAGAAAUAGCAUUAUCACUUAUUGAACAAGUUCUUGAUAUGAAUUCAUCACAAGGAUUAUUAGAAAAAGGAAAUGAAAAUGGUGAAACACCAUUAUUAAUUGCAGCUAAAUGUAAUCAGUGGAAAUUAAUUGAAGUUAUUCUCAAAAAUCGAUCUGAUCUUGUUGAACAGAAAGAUAAAAAUGAUAAUAAUUUAUUACAUUUACUUGCAAAUUUGAAUGAAGAUGGAGGUGCAGAAAAUAUAAAAAAUAUUUUCAAAAUUUUAUCCAAUGACACAAAACAAAUUCUUUUGAUUGGAAAGAAUAAACUUUCUCAAACACCAUUAGAGAUUGCACAAUCUCAUGGCAAUACUCAAUGUAUUGAUAUGUUAAAUUUUUCGAUCAAUGGUGGGAAAAAAAGCAUAUAA